UUCAAACAUAACCUAUAAAUGAUUCAGUGAAAUGUGGAGUGUAAUAAAUAGAGAAUUCUAGUCCGCUGUUUUGGUUUAAUACAUUGAAUUUUCUGUAUUCUAAUUGUUAAUUGAAUUACUGCUUUGUUAUAUAUUGAUUAAAGAAUUUCAAUAUGAGUGACGGCUACGAUUCCGAUAGUGAUUAUAAUGAGAAUGAAAAAAAUUUGUUGAAUAAAUACAGAAAGAGCAACUAUCAAUCUGAUGAUGAAGAACCGGAGGGAGUUUUCAACAUUCUUUCUGAUGGAGCCGAAAGUGAUAAUGAUGAUGAUGAGGAUAUGUUGGUAAACAGUGAUAUAGAAGGACAAGAAGAAGAUGAUGAUGAUAUACCACAUGAAAAGGCUUGGGGAAGAAAUAAAAAGGCGUAUUACUCAUCUGAUUAUGUUAACCCCAACACCUACAAUGAAAAAGAAUUACAGUUUGGGGAGUUCGAAGCGGAAGAAGCUAAAAAGUUAGAAGGGGAAGUAUGGCAGGAGAUGUUUGGUAUGGGAGUAAAAGAUGUCGAUGAUGAUGAAGAUGAUUCAGAUUUGGAUGAAGAGGCUGUAAAUCCAGAAAAAAAGGAUGAAGAUAAAUUAUCAAAUCUCAUAGAAGAUUACAAAGAAUUCUCAGAGAUAUACAAUAGUUUUUUGAAACCUGUUAAAGAGAAGUUUAAAAGUAGGGAAAUUGAGAGCUCUCCAUUGACUGAAUUUGUUCAAAAUUUUUCUGAUCUUAUUUUGAAUUAUAAUACAAAUAUUAUGAUGUUCCUCCUGUUAAAGUCUGAAGGAAUUUCAACUCAAGAUCAUCCAGUUUUGGUAAGAUUGAGACAGUAUCAGAAUUUAAUUGAAAAACUGCGUGCAGUUUUUGAUGGAGUUGUAAAAAGCCAAAUAGAAGUUUUAUUGGAACAAGAGGUCUCCUCUGCACAAGAGAUGACAAAAGCUCCUGAACCAAAAAAGAAAAAACUUAAAUUAUUACAAAAUCUUGUUGUCGAUGAACCUGUUGAAACACAGAAGAAAAAGAAAGGCGAAAAGAUACCUAAGGAGCAAACAGUACAAUUUAAUGAAGAAGAUGAAAUUCAUGAAAUUGCUAAUGAUAUUGAUAUGGAACAAGAAACUACUGAACCUGAGACUCUAUCUAAAAGACCUAUCACUUAUCAAAUGGCUAAAAAUAAAGGUCUCACACCUCAUAGAAAGAAAGAGCAGAGGAAUCCAAGAGUUAAACAUAGGAAUAAGUAUAGGAAAGCUCAAAUUCGCAGGAAGGGCGCUGUACGUGAUGUUAGACAUGAAACUCACAGGUAUGGAGGAGAAAUUAGUGGUAUUAACACUCAUGUUUUGAAAGGUAUCAAACUGAAAGUUUAGUCUUUUGAAAAAAUGUAUAUAGGUUAAGGUUUUUAUGAAAUAUAUUCUGUAUAGAUAUUUUUUAAUGUUAUUCAUUAAAGAAAUUUGUUUUGA